CGCCCCUUCUGAGCGCUUGCCCCAGCCACACCGCCGGCUGGAUCCGCGGCGUCUUCUGCGGAACUCUCGGUCGUAGACGCGUUUCCGGAGGACUGAGAUCAGUGUCAGCUACGACUUCCGGUCACCGCUCCGGCGCAUGGCGGAGUUAGAGCGUCCUGCUCGGGAGGCUCCAGCAGCCUCAAGCCGGAGAACUCAACGCGCUCCGCGCAGACCUCGGCUCCCCCGCCCGGCUUCCGGUGCCUCAGAUCCGCCCCUUCUGGGUUUAGCGCAACCUGCUUGCGACUCUGCCACCAGAGCACAUCCCGUGAGCAACACUGUAUCGAUGAAGCAAAAGAAGAAGAAAACCCCGAACAGGGUCUCUGCGACAAAUAGAGACGAAAAGAUCUCGGAGAAACCUGUGGUAGACGAAGCUCCCCCCAGCGCUGAAGCCCAGGCGGAGCAGCUGGCGAGGGAGCUGGCCUGGUGUGUGGAGCAGCUGGAGCUGGGUCUCAAGACGCAGAGACCCACCCCGAAGCAGAAAGAGCAGGCUGUAGGGGCAAUCCGAACCUUGCGCAGUGAAAAAACUCCCUUGCCCCGGAAGAGACAGCUGAUGCGAUCCUUGUUUGGGGACUACAGGGCUCAAAUGGACGCCGAAUGGCAGGAAGCCCUGAGGGCUCUCAGGACUGCUACCCAUUCAGCCCGGGUACAGCUUGUAGGUGAGACAGCCAGAAGGAAGAGUGGAAAGGUCUACAGGCUUCGUCCAGCAGGAAGAACCAAGGCCACUGUGGACUUUACUGAUGAAGAAUUUCAGUUCAAUUUCUUUUAGAUUCUCCUGCAUUCUGGACUAGUCAUCCUCCUCCAUGGUGGUGUGGCCAUGUGUCUGGAAUAUAGGAUCUUUUUAGGAAUUCUCUCGGCAGAAGUGGGAUUGGUUUGUCCCUAACUUGGUGUGGACACGAAGCAGCUGGCCGGAGUGAGACUGUUCUGUGAGAACUCAAGGAAAUGUUCCUCCCGUCAGAAGAGUGGUGCUUUAGGGAACUCCUCUGUGAUAAGCCCGAGUGUUAGUGGGUUGUAGAAAGAAUGGAACUCCAGUCUCUGGAGUAGCUGUUGGUGGUAAGUAACUGAAGAAGCUGUGUGAUUGUACUAUACACGGGGCCACUUUUGAAAGGAUCACCCUAAUAAAUAUUUUUUUAAAGAAA